AUGGCAGAAAUCUGGAAAUCGGCUUGUUGGGCUUCACUUCGCAGCGCCCGGCAGUUCAGUGUUAUGAGACGGAUGUUUGUUGCCAGAGAUUCCAUGCUUCCGUCAGGUAUUCGACCUUUCAGGGUAUGGGCUCUGGCAUGGUGCUGGACAACAGCAACAGACAAAUAUUUAUUUAUUUAUAGACUUAGAAGACUAUUAUCUGCAAACAAUGGUCACAACACGACGGUCACAAUAUGGUCAUAUGCAACCGACGAACGACCGAUGCCAAAAAAUCUAAUGAUUAAACAGUAA